AUGAACAUCAUUCACUCACGUCUCUCUCUCUGUGCCUCAACGAUAAAAAAUGGGAACAACAGGAACAACGGGAACAACAGCCUGAAGCUUCCGGGAGUGAACGGACAGAACGGACAGAACGGGAAGAGCAGUUUGGCGCUGCCUGGACUCACGGGACAGAACAACAACUGCACAGAUCUGAGCGGCUUCUCUGAGGGCGACCUACUUCUGCAGGCUCUAAACGGAUUCGUGAUCGUCGUCACGUCCGAUGGUCUGGUGUUCUACGCCUCCCCAACCAUCAAGGACUAUCUGGGGUUCCAGGAGUCCGAUGUGGUGCACCAGAGUGUGUUUGAGCUCAUCCACACUGACGACCGGACCAUGUUCAGGCAGCAGCUGCACUUUGCUUUAAACCCUCCUGAAGUCGCAGACGGAGACACGUCCGUACAGAGCGGUCCUGAAGGAGUGUCCUACCAUCCCGACCAACUCCCUCCAGAAAACUCCUCAUUUCUGGAGAGAAGUUUUGUUUGCCGAUUCCGCUGCCUCCUGGAUAACUCCUCGGGCUUUCUGGCCCUGAAGUUCCAGGGGCGCCUGAAGUACCUCCAUGGCCAAAGUGUUUUAAGGGACAAUGGGACGCGAACCCAAGCACAGCUGGCUCUGUUCAGUAUUGCAAUGCCAGUCCAGCCGUCCACCAUCGUCGAGAUCAGAGCCAAGAUGCUCCUGUUUCAGACCAAGCACAAACUGGACUUCACGCCCAUGGGAGUCGACGGACGAGGGAAGAUCAUUUUGGGUUAUUCCGAGGUGGAGCUCUGCAUGAAAGGCUCGGGUUAUCAGUUCAUACACGCUGCAGACAUGAUGUACUGCGCCGACAACCAUGUGCGAAUGAUCAAAACAGGAGAAAGUGGUCUGACAGUCUUCAGGCUCCUCAGCAAAUCUGGAGGGUGGGUUUGGGUCAAAUCCAACGCCAAACUCAUUUUUAAAGGAGGACGACCUGAAUUCAUCAUCGCUUACCAAAAGGCUCUAGUAAAUGCAGAAGGAGAGGAGUAUCUGCGGCAGAGGAGGGUGCAGCUGCCCUUCAGCUUCGCCACCGGAGAGGCCGUGCUCUACAACAGUCCCACCGUGGACGUGACGCAGUUCCAGUUCAACAGUCAGUUCAGCAGUGACAGCAGUGACAGUGGUCUGCCGGGCUCUCUGGUGGACAGCUUCUUAAAGCAGGACCAGACUGUUUACACCGAGAACAUCGAGGCCCCGCUCCCUGUGGACCAGGUCUUCAUGGACAGCCGGGCUCUGGUCUCUGUGACCAACAACUCGUGGCAGGAGGACGGUGUCUGUCCCACGGCCGGGCAGCCUGUGGUGGUCAAAGAGGAAGCCAAACAGUCAGUCAUGGCCAUAAUCAAUGGACUUGAAAAAAUGUCUCAAAAUGGAAACUUUGCUGACAUGAUGCAGAACCUGGAGGUGCCGGAGGAGGAGCUGAGUGAGUGGGAGAACGCUCUGAAGAGAAUAAACCAAGAGAACGGAGAUCUGCAGGGAGAUGUCAGGGCCGAGCUGGACAAUGUGCUCACUAAUGAGAUCUUUGACUUUAUUGACUCUGUUCUGUUCAAAGAGAAGAAUGAGGCUGAUCCUAUCAACAGUCCUCCGAGUUGUUUGGCAGGAGUCAGUCCAGAUUCUUUUACUCCCACUGUCCUUUCAGCACCAGCAUUAUAUCAGACCCCCAGUGCAGACUGUGCCUUUUCCCCUGUGACUGUGCUGUAUUCUCACACACAGGAGGCAGACAGUCUUCCAGCAUCAGCUCCAAUGUAUAAUGGCACCCAGAAACUGUGUCACCCUCCACUUCUGCCUGACUCCAAACUCCCGCCGCUGCAGCAGCUGCAACUGCAGGAUAUUUUCUACCCAUCGAUAGAGCUCCCAGAUCUCAGUGUGUCUGACGCCUCCAUAAGUGAUGCCUCUCUACUAUUCCUUCAGACAACCAACACUGACAUGGCCGGCCCCUCUGGUAUCUCCGGACAGCCUCAGCUGAGCCAGCCCCUGCUGAGUCAGCCCCUGCUGAGCCAGCCCCUGCUGAGUCAGCCCCUGCUGAGCCAGCCUCAGCCGAGCCAGCCUCAGCUGAGCCAGCCCCUGCUGAGCCAGCCUCAGCUGAGCCAGCCCCUGCUGAGCCAGCCUCAGCCGAGCCAGCCUCAGCUGAGCCAGCCUCAGCCGAGCCAGCCUCAGCUGAGCCAGCCCCUGCUGAGCCAGCCUCAGCUGAGCCAGCCCCUGCUGAGUCAGCCCCUGCUGAGCCAGCCUCAGCCGAGCCAGCCUCAGCUGAGCCAGCCCCUGCUGAGCCAGCCUCAGCUGAGCCAGCCCCUGCUGAGCCAGCCUCAGCUGAGCCAGCCUCAGCUGAGCCAGCCUCAGCUGAGCCAGCCCCUGCUAUAUCCUCAAAAUAAUGUGCAACAUGCCUCCAUGGCCCCAAACAGACAGCUGCUCUGUGGGCCCCUGCAGCAGCACAGCCACUUACCGCCUCAUGCAGACAUUUUACCACCUCUGGUGCCUUGCAAUAACUUCAAUUCCACUACAACUUUUGAACCACACCAGGAGGUGGAGCAGUGGCCUCAGAGCCAGCAGCAGCAGCAGCAGCAGCAGCAGCAGCAGCUGCCCCUCUGUGGCAUAGCACAGAAUGGACAUGAUCCCAUACCAGCGUGCCACAACCUAUCUACAGAAAGCCAAACAUUUCCACAUGCUGGCCACUUGCCCAGGAGUGUUAAUGGACUGAACCACAUUCAGCAGCAGGGUGGGCUGGCAUGUGGCCAGGCACCUACUCACAGCAGCUGCAUGUUUGACCAGGCCUUUUCCUCCAGCCCAGCAGGGGGUGACAGCUUCACCUUUCUGGGCAGUGCCUCUUCUCUGGACCAGACUGCUCCUCAGAACUCCUGCUAUUUCCAUUGGAGGCCCAGUGAGCCUGUGGUGAGCACAUUACCCAUCAACCCGGAUAUUGUCAACCCAAACACAAUGCCUUUCCCCGCCAGAAUGCCCCCCGCAGAUCAUGGCGUAGCAUCACAGCCAUAUCUGGAGUGCCAAAGAGGGACGCAGGAUAAAGCCAUUCUGGGUGAGGCCAGUAGGAGCUUCCUCUGCUCGUCGUCCAGUCGCUUCGUGGGGAGACCUGAGCCUCGCUGA